UAAUGUAUUUUCGUUGUUUUGAACAACUCGACACAUCUCUAUGAUUGUCACCUGUCACUGGUCGAUUACAGUGUUUUUGCUUGUUUGAUAGUAAAAAAAUAUUAAAUUUAAUGAAACUAUUGAUUCAUUAAUGUGAGAAUCAAUGCUUAAGUAAUAAGAAACCAUGGUUAUUUUUGGUGUAUACAUAGUGAGUAAAUCCGGAGGCCUCAUAUAUAACUAUGAUCACAACAUUCCUAAAGUUGAAACGGAAAAAACAUUUGGUUUUCCUUUGGACCUCAAAUUACAAUAUGAAAACAAGAAAAUUAUCGUGGCUUUCGGACAAAGAGAUGGGAUAAACGUUGGCCAUGUAUUACUAUCAGUGAAUGGAACACCAGUAAGUGGACGUACCACUGAAGAUGGACGAGAUGUCUUUGACCUCAUAGAAGUUAAGGAAAAUUAUCCACUAAGUCUAAAGUUUGGUAGAGCUCGGGCAACAACUAAUGAGAAAAUUGUUCUUGCAAGUAUGUUCUACCCACUCUUUGCACUUGCAAGUCAGCUCAGUCCAGUUCCUAAGUCUUCAGGGAUUGAAUCUCUCAUUGCAGACACCUUCAAGUUAUCAUGUUUCCAGACAUUGACAGGUGUAAAAUUCAUAGUAGUAACAGAUCCAAAUAUGCAAGGGGCUGAAGUGGUACUGAAACGAAUUUAUGAGAUUUACUCUGACUAUGCACUUAAGAAUCCAUUUUAUUCCCUGGAGAUGCCGAUCCGCUGUGAGCUGUUCGACACCUCCUUACAUACAUUACUGGAACUUGUAGAGAAAUCAGGGACUGCUAAUUUAUAAUUACAUUAAGUUACAAAAUGUAAAUACCCAAAAUUUAUUUAAUUUUAAUACAUACUCAUUCUUAGUAAAUUAUAAAUUUAAUAUUACUGCAACUUUGCCAGUGUGGAUUUUGAAUUAUUGUUUCUCCCUUUAACAGUAAAAGAUAAAAGGUAAAAGCUUUUGUGAGCUUAGUAUUUCAGUAUAUUGAAGUACUGAGGGUAUACAUCACUCAGUACCCAGUGCAGAGGUCAGGCGGU